AUGGUCUGCUUCCUGUUGGCGGACGGCGCAGAGGCCCGUGGCGGAGAGAUGACCGCCCCGUCGUCAUGCGCCAAGCCGAGCCAUCGCUCGGGACCGCCGGCACGCGUCUGCGCGGGUGCGGACACGGUCAGCAUCGCGACGGAGGCGGUGUACGCCAUCGGGCGCGUGCAAAUUGGCCGCGGGACACUGGGCGGCGUGGCUACGGUUUCCGCUGGGUCAGCGGCGGGCUGCGUCAAGGGUGCCAUAGUCAAGGGUGUCUCAUCGCAACAGCGGCGGCAGCAACAGCAGCAGCGAACAAAGCAUCGCGCGGACUUGAAGUACGGCGCGAGCGCGAACGCGCACAGCGGCAAAGGGCAGCGCUGUGCUCCCGGCUGGCAUUUGUUGCAGCAGUCUGCGCCCUUGCCCCGCCGCGUGACGCGCCAGCGACUUGGCGCAGUGUGUUGA